ACAUAUGGAGUUUCUAAAGGCGCCAAAAGCAACGCUGAGUUCUGACACCUUGAUUACUAUCUUCCAAAACUAUGGAAAAUCUCCACAAUCCACAAGUCUUUUGUAAGCAGAUCAGAACCACAUUACACAAUAAUAUUAAUAAUAAUAAUAAUAAUCGCCACAAUCAUUAUAAUUAUCUUAAUAACCAUUAUAAUCACCAUUACAUCGCAAUCACCAUCAUUACUACCAUCAACAACGUCAUUAUCAUUAUUUAUUUGUUGUUUAUUUCCUUCCCCAUCUGUUUCUCUAUUACUUCCUUAAGCCUGUCAAUAUAGAUUUGUUCAUAUAAAUGUAUUAUUAUAUUAAUUGCUGAGUGAGAAACAGAUUACCUGUUAGAAUUUGACUCCUGAGGGAAUCAGGAAUUGCUACUGCAGGGGUGCAGGAACCCAGAGCUCAUUGUUGGAGCUGGGACUACAGUUCCCAGAAUCCUGUGGGGUGUGAUGUCAGCAGGCAGCGGACAGGUUGAGCGGUCUCACAGGUAGCAGAAGAUGGCCCUGGUUGUUUAUAUUACGGGCCGAGGAAAACGCGUUGUUUUCAGGGUAUUAACUGAUGACAGAGCGGAUUCCACAUCGUGGAGACAGAAUGAUUCUUCAGUAUCGGGACCAGGAUCAGAUCUCCUCGAGAGGAACAUAGUCGGCAGGGGAGAUGCAAUGUUUGAUUAGCGGCGUUUAAACCUGAGUCCUGGACAACAGUGGAGCUCUCUUGAACCGAGAGGUAACUGAAGAGCUCUUCAUGGUUAAGGCCGGAUGGAACUGAGAUGUAGGGAGCAUACAGCAUCCAGGAUGCGGUGCACGGGCCCGCAGGUGAGUCGUUUGCGGGUGAUGCGGCCUCAGCAGACUGAGUCUGGGUGUCGGGGAUGAAGCCAAUAUCUUCCCCUCAGACAGAGACUCACUCCCCGAGACAGAGAUGGUGAGAGACAUAGUGACCAUAAAGCCGAAAGGUAGGAUGACAGUCGCAUUUACAGUAAUAGUCAGAUUAAUCAAUAACUGAGAAAGCUUACAGAGCAGCAGGCAGCAAUACGGAUGCAGGGCAACAGCGGCAUUGACAGAGCAGAGGGAGAGCUGGGAAAUUGUGCAGUUUAAAUAGACCGCCAGAUUGGAGGGGAGCACUUGGUUAGUGAUUAUGGAAUAAGGCAUGUCAUGGGUGUAAUCAGCGCAGCUCGAGUUGACUGCCUGAACCAGCUCGCAGGCUUCGCUCCAUCUAUGCACAAUGUCAAUGUCAGCUCACACCUCUGCUGCUGAGUCAAAACAUUGUACUUCCUCAAUCUCACUGUCAAUAAAUAAAGACAAAACAGCUUUAUUUUUUAGAUUCAAAUGUACUUUUAUAUUGUUUAUCUGAAGGGUUUCAUGAUUCCAAUGACUGAACCACUGAAUUAACCAUCUCACUGUGAGUCAAGUUAAAGUUAGGUGGGCUUUUCUUGUAACAGUAAAAUGUGUUUAGUUGUGUAUCUGUGGUUGUGGUCUUGUCCUGCUGUCACUUCCUGUGUUAAAGGCUGUCCAACUCAAAGACAGACACACAGACAGUGAAGCCUCGUCAAGAAUAGGUUCAGUUCAGUUUUUCAAGAUGUCUGCAGAUAUUCUUGCUGCACCAGAUUUGAGCUUGAAUGUGAGAUGUACCAGAAAGGUCAAAGAGAACCAGGGAGAGGAUGAGGAGAAUCAGAUGGAGAUCACAGAGGAUGAAGAGUAUCACGUUGAUCUUGGGCCACAAACAGCCAGAGCACAAACUCAAAAGAAUCGUGCAGCUGUCAAAAGAAGGUGUUUCAAAGCCACUACAGUGACUCUGGGAGUGAUGUAUCUUCUGAUAUUGGCUGGAACCUACAUUCGCUAUAUUUUAGUCACUUUGGAAAAAACCCAACUGCAGACCAGAAACGACCAACUGAGUAAAAACUACAGCCAACUCCAGGGAACACUGUCAGGUAUGGAAGUCAACAACAGUCAGUUUCAGAGCAAUUACGAAGCAAUGAGUAAAAAUCACAGCCAGUUACAGGACAAAAUGAAGCAGCUGAAGGAUAAAACAAAAGGUAUUAAAGUCAACAACAGUCAGUUACAGGAUGAAGUGAAGCAGCUGAAGGCUAAAAUUGAAGGGAAGUGUCCUGAAGGAUGGAGGAAAUUUGGAUACAGUUGUUACUUUAAAUCCAAUGAGUGGAAAACCUGGUAUGACAGCAGAUCUUACUGUCAGAACAAAGGAGCAGAUCUGGUGAUCAUAAACUACGAAGAGGAACAGAAGUUUGUCAAGGAGCUGAAUUUGUAUGGAGAAUCCUGGAUUGGACUACAGGGAACAAAUGGAAAAUGGACAGGAUCAGGACGGACAGGGAAAUGGGUAUGGGAAUGGAAAUGGGUGGACAGUUCACCACUGACACAAAUGUUCUGGGCAUCAGGAAUGCCAUAUGGUUCGCAGAACCAGUACACAGCAGCAUGCUGUGAUACACAAGGAAAAUGGAAAGUAAGCAGUUCUUAUGAUACUAAAAACUGGAUCUGUGAGAAAUAGAUUUCUUGCUUUCUUUAACAACAGAGAAGUGUGCAGUUUUGUCAAAUCAGAUUAAUGUACGUUUUAUAUUUGUUCAGUUAUUCUGUGUUGCAUGCUGAAUAACCUGGAUUACACAGAUAUUGUUUCUCUGCUAUACAUAAGGCUGGUUGGAAGUCAUCCACACAACUACACAUGCACUUACUCUGUAGCCCUACAGGAUUAUUACAAUUAAUGAACUGCAGCUUGUCUUUACUUUGGUUAAUUAAUAAAGUUGUAUUCAGUUAGAUCUGUCUGUGUUUAUUAAGUGACAAUAAUGCCACUGCUGCCAAGUUUUUCCUGUGUCCCCUUUGAUACACCAGCUGCUAAUAUCACUUCCCACUGAGAAGUUUCACCAGGAGAGUUAAACAUCCAUGGAGGUUCAUGUUAAGACUCUUCAGCCUGUUUAAUGUCAAACUGUCUUCCUUUCACACAAAGGACUGCAGUUCAUGUAUCUCACCCUAACAAUAACUGUAGGUUUCCACCAGGAUAAAGACAUUUCCCUGAUCUGUACCAAGGCCUAAUUUACAUUCAUUGCAAGUGUCUCUCAGUUAGCUCUGUCACAAAUCUGAAUGCAAUCAUUAUGUCAUCUCUGUCAUAACAUUAGUCUUUAUAGUCAUGUGUUACUUCCUGUUUUAUUUUGUAGUUGUCCUCCUCUUGUGUUCUGUGUUGUUUUACUUCCUGUCUUUGUCUUUUUCCGUCUAGUUUGAUUGUUUGCCAGCCUUGACUGUGUUCACCUGUGUCUCGUUAGUUUCCCCUCACUAUAUAUUGCCUGUGUUUCAUUCUCCCUCUGCCAGUUUGUCUUUGUACCUUUGUGUUGGUUAUUAACAUGGAUUAGGAUUACAGCUUGUUUUUGGACUCUGCCUCUCCGUAUCUGGUUUUGUUACUUGUGUUUCGUGGACCUCCUGUGUACCAAACCUUCAUUUGUAUUAAGUAAAGAUUUUAAGACUUCAA